CUGUUGCUCUCUUUCUCUCUCAUCAAAUCAUUAAUUACUAACUGUUUACCUUUCUAUUUCAAUGAAAUGGAACUAAUGCAAUACCAGUACUGAUCAUCUCUGCAUGAAGACAGACUAUUUCAACUCCAAAAAGGGAACAUUUAUUACAAGCUUCAUCAAUUUGAAAAGCUGGUGAUUACUUUGCAGGUGCAUCCUAGAUGGCAUGGCUUUUGAUUAUUAGUUCUUUGAUUGUACUCUGGGUAGCUUCUCUAUGCAAAAUUCUCCUCGCACCUUCCAAAGGCUCUUUUCUAAGUAAUGUUGGCAAUCUUAGCAAGAGGGAUGUCCUGCUGGUUAUUGCCCACCCAGAUGAUGAGUCCAUGUUCUUUUCUCCAACAAUAAACUACCUCACUUCAAGAGGGCACAAUCUUCACAUUUUAUGCUUGUCAAUUGGUGAUGCGGAUGGCAAGGGAAAUAUUAGAAAAGAAGAACUCUAUGAAGCCUGUGCAGUCCUCAAGGUUCCUCUUCAACAAGUGAAGGUUAUGGAUCAUCCAGAUUUGCAGGAUGGUUUUGGCAAAGUUUGGAACCAUAAUUUGUUGGCAGAUAUUAUUAAAGCAGAAGUGAUCGGUCACGGCACUGAAACGAUUAUUACCUUUGAUAGCUAUGGUGUUUCGGGUCAUUGCAAUCACCGUGAUGUUCACCAUGGGGUACGCAAGCUCUUACAUGAGACAUCACAGAGGAACAUUGAAGCCUGGGAACUCAUCAGUACAAACAUACUACGAAAGUACAGUGGACCUGUUGAUAUGUGGUUGUCGUAUUUACGUGCAAUGCAAUGUUCAAGCGGAUCGGUCCAUUGCCUGCUCAAUGAGCAUCCCCAGAAGAGCUUCCUUGCUAUGGCUAGGCAUUCAAGCCAAUGGGUUUGGUUCCGCAAGCUUUUUGUAGCGUGUUCCAGUUAUACAUAUGUGAACACGCUGAGAAAAUUCAACUAAAAUGCAGAGGAGGCUGCAAAAAUGAGAAAUGCUACCGAGAAGCUUUUUCACGUUCAAAAGUGAUUUGAAGACCUAUUGCUUCUGCUUCCCUGCUUGCUUUUGCUAAAGUUAAAAUCUUGCAGGACCUGUUUGCAUACCCAUCCACGGAGGAAGCUUCUGAACUCUUUCGUUGAUUAUGUUGAAAGCUUGAUAUGCUAUACUUGAAAUCUCCUAUUAAGUUUUUUAAUUUAUUUAUUAUUUCAAAAAUAAAUUUAUGCAUGCAACCUACUUCCCUA